GUGGACUGAGAGAAUCGAUGGCUUCGAACGGCAGCACAGUCCUGGUCCGAUUCAUCGCUUUUAUUCUAUUCUUCUACUUGUCACACGGUCACUCCUUUUCUAAGGAUGAAGUGAAGCAGCUGAGUCCACUGAGAGAAAUAAUCCGUAACAGGAGGCAAGUGUGUUUGGACGGCACCUACGAGCAUGAAGGCAGAACCUGCUGUCAGUGUGCUGCUGGUCAAUACCUCAAGGAGCAUUGCACGUCAAGUCCAGAUGAUGGAAAAUGCGAGUUUUGCCAGACCGGCACGUUUAACAGUCAUCCUAACCACCUUGAGUCCUGCCGGCCCUGCACAUCAUGCUCCCAACCCAACGCUAAUUUGGAAGUUGCUGAGGAGUGUACCAAAGCCAGAGACACAAAGUGUCGAUGUAAGCAGGAUCACUACUGCAGCAGUAACACAGGGAACUGUGAAAUCUGCCAUCCCUGUACAGUGUGUUCUUCAGUCGGCGUUAAGGAAGCCUGCACUCCCACUAGUGACACAGUCUGCCAAGAACCUAAAGGAAGUAACACAGGUGCAGUCGUGGGCUCUGUAGUCGGAGUAUUGGUAGUGGUGGCAGUCCUCGCAGUGGGCUUUGUCCUCUGGAGAAGAAGACAAGCAGCGAGAAAUCCACAGCCAUCAAGUGGAAGUACAACUAAUGGAAACAGACAUGACGAGGAGAAGAAGCCGCUUAAUGCAGUUCCAGACGUGGACAUUCAGCCUUCACUGCCACAAAUUGCUGAAGAGCUUGGAUGGAAGGACAUGAAAGAUUUAGCGAUGAAAGUCGGGAUCCAGAAUGCUGCUAUUGACGCUUGUCAACUGGACCACCCAAAUGACAGUCAGGAGCAGACACUCCACCUGCUGAGGAAGUGGGUGGAGAGGCAAGGAAGGGAUUCACCAAGUAAGCUGGUCCAGAUGCUUUGUGAUCUUGGCAAAAAAGCCAAAGCAGAGAAGAUCGUGGACAUUUUGCAUAGUAACAAACCUGCUGCAAUGAGCUAAUAUGUUAAGGACCCCUGCGAUCUGAUGAAAGAUGCAGCCAGUUUUUAGUGUGUGUGUGUGUGUGUGUGUGUGUGUGUGUGUGUGUGUGUGUGUGUGUGUGUGUGUGUGUGUUUUGUUUUUUUUUUCUUUUACAAAACAAGCAUCACUCCAACAAGACGUGUUAAUUUUCAGUCAGUAGUCCAAUGAGACUUCACGUAAACUGCACAUUGGAUAGCAGAUGUGUCAGGCAGUGUCAUCACAUUGUCCUUCAUGCAGUGUUUUGAGAAAAAUGGUAGAGGGGAAGCACAACUUUGGGCCACAUCGAGCAAAGAAGCUUAGUGUCUGAUCAGACGAUGAACAAGGAGAAACAAUUCUAUCUUCAGUAGUAGUGGGCUUGAAGAUAAAAAUGGAUGUGGGAUCACGUUUCAAACAGCCAACAAACGGCAGAGCAUCCAGGAACUAAUUUUGCUUUAUAGAAAUUGGCGCAGCAAUCUGAUCACUUUAUGCAGUGCUCAUGUAAAUGGGAGAGUCUGAUUAAAAAGUAUUCCAUCAGAGGGCCAAAGGGGGAAAAAAAAAACUGACCUUGAAAAUGCUACUGUCGCGUGAUUUGUUUUAAAUACCAAUAUCGGAAGGCUGUUGAUCACUUUGAUUGAUGAGAUUAGUGAGGGAAGAUAUUUCCCUUGUGGUACACAGUCUCCCAUA